AUGAGUGGUGCGGCUCAAGACUUUAAGCUGAGUGCUGUCCUCAGUGGCCACCAGAGCGAUGUCCGAGCAGUGCUUCUCCCAGACCCUUCUUUUGCGGUGACUGCCUCGAGAGAUGGCUCAACCCGUGUAUGGAAGCAGACAUCCACCAGUCCUCCCAGAUACGAUCCCACCGAAUCCUCACAGGGUGCACAAUUCAAGACCUGCCUGGCAUAUAUCCCUCCGGAAAAGGAAUACCCGGAUGGUCUCAUUCUCUCCUCGGGACAAGAUGCGCUCAUCGAAGCCAGGCAGCCAUCAUUGACCGCCGAUGUGAAUGCAGAUGCCAUUAUGGUCGGACACAGUAACCAAGUGUGUUCCUUGGAUGUCUGCGCAAGAGGCGGCUACUUUGUCAGUGGCAGUUGGGAUAGUACGGCAAAGUUAUGGGCCAUUGGUAGAUGGGAGGCUUCCCUGGACUUGCCAGGCCAUACGGCUACAGUGUGGGCUGUGCUGGCUUAUGACCGGGAUACCAUUGUUACUGGAUGUGCAGACCGAGCGAUUAGAGUCUUUGACACUCGGGGCAAGAUGUUGCUGUCCUGGGAUGGUAAAGACAUCGUGCGCGCUCUUGCGAGGCUGCCUGAAGGACAUCCGACUGGCGCUCAGAUCGCUUCUUCGUCAAACGACGGCGUGAUCCGUCUAUGGACCUUGAAAGGGGAGCUUGUGGCAGAACUGUUCGGACACGAAUCAUUCAUCUAUUCUUUGGCCGUGCUGCCGUCCGGCGAAAUUGUCAGUUCCGGAGAGGAUCGUUCGGUUCGGAUAUGGCAAGGCACGAAUUGCAUUCAAGUUAUUACAUUACCCGCAAUCUCUGUCUGGAGUGUGUCUGCCUGUCCUAACGGCGAUAUCAUUGUCGGAUCCAGUGACAAGCUGGCAAGAAUCUUCACCAGAAGUCCGGAGAGAGUGGCUGAUCAAGAGACGCUGGCAUCCUUCGAAGAGUCACUCAAGGCAUCAAGCAUUCCACAGCAACAAGUCGGCGCAAUCAAUAUGACGGACCUCCCGGGCCCUGAGUUCCUCCAACGGAAAGCUGGUACAAAAGAAGGUCAGAGUCAGAUUAUCAAAGAAGACGAUGGCAGUGCAUGCUUGUACCAGUGGUCCAUGUCACAGCAGCAAUGGAUUAAGAUUGGUCAAGUUGUGGAUUCGGCUGGCUCAAGCGGAAAGACUACCUACAACGGAAAGGAAUAUGACUACGUUUUCGAUAUUGACAUCGAGGACGGCAAGCCUCCACUGAAGCUGCCGUACAACGUCACCCAGAACCCAUACGACGCUGCCACCAAGUUCCUUCAAGACCACGAGCUUCCGCUGUCAUAUCUUGAAGAAACAGCCAACUUCAUCAUCAAGAACACUCAGGGGGCCACACUAGGUCAGUCACAGCCUGUUGGUGCCGAUCCUUGGGGCACAGAGAAUCGAUACAGACCGGGCGAGGUGUCAACAUCAUCCUACCCAGCAGCCCCUCCUCCAGCCAAGAAACUUCUUCCGCAAAAGGACUACCUACCCGUUGUUAUUGGCAAGCCAACUGCAGCGAUGGGACAGAUUGUAAAGAAGAACGCGGAGUAUGGCCAGAGUGACAGCCGUCUGUCGUCGGACGAGAUUGAAACCCUGACGGCCGUUACCCAACAGUUGGAGAAAUACAACUUCCAGAGCACUCCAUCCCUGGCAGCGUCCCCAAGUCUUGAAGCUGCGAUUCCGGUAUUGACGAAGAUUGUGACUGAGUGGCAACCACCUGCCAACCGCCUCGCUGGUCUUGACCUACUUCGAUUCAUUGCGGCUGCCGCGAAGCAAUUCCCUUCCGCAAGCGCCGAUGGGAUGGACAUUGUGGCAAGCAUUCUGGGCAGUGGCAUUUUUGAUCCUGAUUUUGUCCGCUCGAACAACAAGCUAGCAAUGAUAGCGAUGCGCUUCUUCUCCAAUCUGAUGUAUGGAUCGGCAAACGGGCGUGACCUGGUCAAGGAGCACUUGGACAAUAUCAUUGAGAGCCUGAAGCCGAUGUCGGCCAUUGUAUCAUCUGAUGUCUCUGUUGCCGUCGCCCUGACGACCCUCUAUCUCAACAUUUCCGUCCUCAUUACCACUGACAAGAGUCUGGAUGCCGAAACGAGCGCAAACUAUGGCCUAUCCCUGGUGGAGGAGCUGACCAAGGUGCUUUCUACAUUCCCUGCCGUCAACCACACGGCGACAGCAAGUCCUUCGGCACAGUCGACAGAACCAGCUUACCGCAGCAUCGUCGCCUUGGGCACGGUGCUCAUCGGUCUGAGCCGACCCGACCUCGCAACAGCAGCAAAGGACAUUUUCGAUGUACCCAAGGCUUUGGGGGAAUUACGGAGCAAGAAAUACCUAGAGGAGCCGAGAUUCAAAACAGUGGUUGGGGAGAUCCAAGCAGCAUUGCGGUGA